AUGCCAGAAUCUGAUUUAUAUUUGUCAGCAUUAUAUUACUUUAGCCAUCAAAUAUAAUAAUUCCUAUCUCCCAUUCUUUUCUAUACACAGUCAUUUCUGAGCACAAAAACCCACGAAGCUCACAGUUCAGCAUGUCUGUUUCCAGCAUCAACUGAUGUAGCUUGUGAUACUGGUAUCAAUUUAACUAAUGUCUGCACCAAUACAAGGACCCUUGGAGACCCGGAAUUUCCAAACAGAGAAUUACAUCAUUGUCAGGUGACACGAAAUUUCUUUAGGGAUUGGUCUCUGUGGAAAAUCUUCCUGGUUUGUCUCUUAGCCUGUGCGAUAACAACAGCAAUUGGAGUACUCAUAAUGUCUUUGGUGUAUAAUGGGAAAAAGAAUAAUGCCUCCAUUGUUAUCCACUUUCCUUCAAACCAUGAGACAACUUCAUCUGCAACUGAAACUAGUUCUGAGCCUAUAAUUCCCACUACCGUAAUAGAUUCUACCACACCAUCCACUUCAACUACCAUCACUAGAACCACUGGUCGUUCUUCAACAGAAUCUACUAGUACAGCAACCAUUGCUCAAACAGAAACAACAACAGAAGGCAACACUUUAUCUGAAACCACUACAACAAUGACUUCAGGCACUGCAACUGAGGCUACAACCAUAAAAAUCACUACUGCUUCUAUAGAAUCUAGAACUACCACAACAGCAGACACAACUUCAGCUAAAUCGACUAUUACCACGGCAGCCAUUACUUCAACAGAACUACCUACCACAGCUGCCAGCACUACCACGAAGGUUAAAACCACAUCUGUCACCACUACUGCUUCUACUGAACCUACAACCACGAAAGCAACAGAUACCACUUCAACUCAACCUACAACUGAAGCAACAACCACAACUACUGCCAGUACUACUACAGAGGCUAUAACCACACCAGCCACCAGUACCACUUCCAUCACAUCUAUAACCACCAAAAAAGCAGAAACCUCUUCAAGUGAACCAACUACCAUAAUUAUUGCUAGCACUACUGACACUACAACAAGAUCAGACACCACUACAGCUUCUACUGAACCUAUAACCACCACAGCAACAGAUACCCCUUCAACUGAAACAACAACUGAAGCAAUGAACACUGAGGCUACCACCACAAGAGCCACCACUACAACUUCUAUUGAACCGGCAACCACAACAACAGCCACCUUCUCAAGUGAAUCAACUGCCACCAAGACUUCAAGCACAACUCCUGACGCUACAACAACAUCAGACACCAACACUGCUUCUGUAAAACCCAUGACCACCACAGCAACCGAUGCUACUUCAACUAAACAUACAACUCCAACAGAAGUCCCUACUACAACUAAAAAGACUAACACAACUACUGCGAGCAGUAUCCCUGUGGCUACAACCACACAGGCCACCAGUACCACUUCUACCACAUCUGCAACAACGAUGGCAACAGAAACCACUUCAAGUGAACCAACUACCACAAACACGGCCAGCACUGCCACUGAGUCUGCCUCCAUAUCUGACACCACUGCUACUUCUACUGAACCUACAACCACCACAGCAAUACCUACCACUUCAACUGAACCUACAACCGAAGCAACCACCCCGAUUGCAACCACAACAGCCACCACCACCAGUUCUACAGAAUCUACAACCACCACAGUAGCAGACACCACUUCAGCUGAGCCUCCUGCCACUACAUCUGCCACCACAUCAAUAGAACCACCUACAACCACUGCCAGCAGUACCACUGCAGCUAUCACUACAACAGCCACCACGACGGCUUCUACUGCACCAGCAGCCACCACAACAGCUACCACUUCAACUGAACCAGCUCUCUCAACCACUGCCAGCACUACUGAGGCUACAAGCACCACUAUCUCUACUGCUUCUACAGAACCUACAGCUGCCACAUCAGUAGAAACCACUUCAACUCACGCUACAAGCAGCACAGCUGCCACUACUUCAACAGGACCAACUACCAGUACUGCCAGUGCUACCACUGAGGCUGCAACCACAACUGCCACCACUACAACUUCUACUGAACCUGCAACCACAACAACAGCCACCUCCUCAAGUGAACCAACUGCCACCACAACUUCCAGCACUACCCCUGAGGCUACAACCACAUCAGACACCACCUCUGCUUCUACAGAACCUAUGACCAGCACACCAACCGAUGCUACUUCAACUGAACCUACAACUGCAACAGCAGCCCCCACUACAACUGAAACAACUACCACAACUACUGCUAGUAGCACCCCUGUGGCUACAACCACACAGGCCACCAGUACCACUUCUACCACAUCUGCAACCACGAUGGCAACAGAAACCACUUCAAGUGAACCAACUACCACAAACACGGCCAGCACUGCCACUGAGUCUGCCUCCAUAUCUGACACCACUGCUACUUCUACUGAACCUACAACCACCACAGCAAUACCUACCACUUCAACUGAACCUACAACCGAAGCAACCACCCCAACGACUGCCAGCACUACCCCUGAGGAUGCAACCACAACAGCCACCACCACCACUUCUACAGAAUCUACAACCACCACAGUAGCAGACACCACUUCAGCUGAGCCUCCUGCCACUACAUCUGCCACCACAUCAAUAGAACCACCUACAACAACUGCCAGCAGUACCACUGCAGCUAUCACUACAACAGCCACCACGACGGCUUCUACUGCACCAACAGCCACAACAGCUACCACUUCAACUGAACCAGCUCUCUCAACCACUGCCAGCACUACUGAGGCUACAAGCACCACUAUCUCUACUGCUUCUACAGAACCUACAGCUGCCACAUCAGUAGAAACUACUUCAACUCAUGCUACAAGCAGCACAGCUGCCACUACUUCAACAGGACCAACUACCAGUACUGCCAGUGCUACCACUGAGGCUGCAACCACAACUGCCACCACUACAACUUCUACUGAACCUGCAACUACAACAACAGCCACCUCCUCAAGUGAACCAACUGCCACCACAACUUCCAGCACUACCCCUGAGGCUACAACCACAUCAGACACCACCUCUGCUUCUACAGAACCUAUGACCAGCACACCAACCGAUGCUACUUCAACUGAACCUACAACUGCAACAGCAGCCCCCACUACAACUGAAACUACUACCUCAACUACUGCUAGUAGCACCCCUGUGGCUACAACCACACAGGCCACCAGUACCACUUCUACCACAUCUGCAACCACGAUGGCAACAGAAACCACUUCAAGUGAACCAACUACCACAAACACGGCCAGCACUGGCACUGAGUCUGCCUCCAUAUCUGACACCACUGUUACUUCUACUGAACCUACAACCACCACAGCAAUACCUACCACUUCAACUAAACCUACAACUGAAGCAACCAGCCUGACAACUGCCAGCACUACCCCUGAGGAUGCAACCACAACAGCCACCACCACCACUUCUACAGAAUCUACAACCACCACAGUAGCAGACACCACUUCAGCUGAGCCUCCUGCCACUACAUCUGCCACCACAUCAAUAGAACCACCUACAACCACUGCCAGCAGUACCACUGCAGCUAUCACUACAACAGCCACCACGACGGCUUCUACUGCACCAGCAGCCACCACAACAGCUACCACUUCAACUGAACCAGCUCUCUCAACCACUGCCAGCACUACUGAGGCUACAAGCACCACUAUCUCUACUGCUUCUACAGAACCUACAGCUGCCACAUCAGUAGAAUCCACUUCAACUCACGCUACAAGCAGCACAGCUGCCACUACUUCAACAGGACCAACUACCAGUACUGCCAGUGCUACCACUGAGGCUGCAACCACAACUGCCACCACUACAACUUCUACUGAACCUGCAACCACAACAACAGCCACCUCCUCAAGUGCACCAACUGACACUACAACUUCCAGCACUACCCCUGAGGCUACAACCACAUCAGACACCACCUCUGCUUCUACAGAACCUAUGACCAGCACACCAACCGAUGCUACUUCAACUGAACCUACAACUGCAACAGCAGCCCCCUCUACAACUGAAACAACUACCACAACUACUGCUAGUAGCACCCCUGUGGCUACAACCACACAGGCCACCAGUACCACCUCUACCACAUCUGCAACCACGAUGGCAACAGAAACCACUUCAAGUGAACCAACUACCACAAACACGGCCAGCACUGCCACUGAGUCUGCCUCCAUAUCUGACACCACUGCUACUUCUACUGAACCUACAACCACCACAGCAAUACCUACCACUUCAACUGAACCUACAACCGAAGCAACCACCCCAACGACUGCCAGCACUACCCCUGAGGAUGCAACCACAACAGCCACCACCACCACUUCUACAGAAUCUACAGCCACCACAGUAGCAGACACCACUUCAGCUGAGCCUCCUGCCACUACAUCUGCCACCACAUCAAUAGAACCACCUACAACAACUGCCAGCAGUACCACUGCAGCUAUCACUACAACAGCCACCAUGACGGCUUCUACUGCACCAACAGACACCACAACAGCUACCACUUCAACUGAACCAGCUCUCUCAACCACUGCCAGCACUACUGAGGCUACAAGCACCACUAUCUCUACUGCUUCUACAGAAUCUACAGCUGCCACAUCAGUAGAAACCACUUCAACUCAAGCUACAAGCAGCACAGCUGCCACUACUUCAACAGGUCCAACUAGCAGUACUGCCAGUGCUACCACUGAGGCUGCAACCACAACUGCCACCACUACAACUUCUACUGAACCUGCAACCACAACAACAGCCACCUCCUCAAGUGCACCAACUUCCACCACAACUUCCAGCACUACCCCUGAGGCUACAACCACAUCAGACACCACCUCUGCUUCUACAGAACCUAUGACCAGCACAGCAACCGAUGCUACUUCAACUGAACCUACAACUGCAACAGCAGUCCCCUCUACAACUGAAACAACUACCACAACUACUGCUAGUAGCACCCCUGUGGCUACAACCACACAGGCCACCAGUACCACCUCUACCACAUCUGCAACCACGAUGGCAACAGAAACCACUUCAAGUGAACCAACUACCACAAACACGGCCAGCACUGCCACUGAGUCUGCCUCCAUAUCUGACACCACUGCUACUUCUACUGAACCUACAACCACCACAGCAAUACCUACCACUUCAACUGAACCUACAACCGAAGCAACCACCCCAACGACUGCCAGCACUACCCCUGAGGAUGCAACCACAACAGCCACCACCACCACUUCUACAGAAUCUACAACCACCACAGUAGCAGACACCACUUCAGCUGAGCCUCCUGCCACUACAUCUGCCACCACAUCAAUAGAACCACCUACAACAACUGCCAGCAGUACCACUGCAGCUAUCACUACAACAGCCACCACGACGGCUUCUACUGCCGCUACAAGCAGCACAGCUGCCACUACUUCAACAGGACCAACUACCAGUACUGCCAGUGCUACCACUGAGGCUGCAACCACAACUGCCACCACUACAACUUCUACUGAACCUGCAACCACAACAACAGCCACCUCCUCAAGUGAACCAACUGCCACCACAACUUCCAGCACUACCCCUGAGGCUACAACCACAUCAGACACCACCUCUGCUUCUACAGAACCUAUGACCAGCACAGCAACUGAUGCUACUUCAACUGAACCUACAACUGCAACAGCAGCCCCCUCUACAACUGAAACAACUACCACAACUACUGCUAGUAGCACCCCUGUGGCUACAACCACACAGGCCACCAGUACCACCUCUACCACAUCGGCAACCACGAUGGCAACAGAAACCACUUCAAGUGAACCAACUACCACAAACACGGCCAGCACUGCCACUGAGUCUGCCUCCAUAUCUGACACCACUGCUACUUCUACUGAACCUACAACCACCACAGCAAUACCUACCACUUCAACUAAACCUACAACUGAAGCAACCAGCCUGACAACUGCCAGCACUACCCCUGAGGAUGCAACCACAACAGCCACCACCACCGCUUCUACAGAAUCUACAACCACCACAGUAGCAGACACCACUUCAGCUGAGCCUCCUGCCACUACAUCUGCCACCACAUCAAUAGAACCACCUACAACCACUGCCAGCAGUACCACUGCAGCUAUCACUACAACAGCCACCACGACGGCUUCUACUGCACCAGCAGCCACCACAACAGCUACCACUUCAACUGAACCAGCUCUCUCAACCACUGCCAGCACUACUGAGGCUACAAGCACCACUAUCUCUACUGCUUCUACAGAACCUACAGCUGCCACAUCAGUAGAAUCCACUUCAACUCACGCUACAAGCAGCACAGCUGCCACUACUUCAACAGGACCAACUAGCAGUACUGCCAGUGCUACCACUGAGGCUGCAACCACAACUGCCACCACUACAACUUCUACUGAACCUGCAACCACAACAACAGCCACCUCCUCAAGUGAACCAACUGCCACCACAACUUCCAGUACUACCCCUGAGGCUACAACCACAUCAGACACCACCUCUGCUUCUACAGAACCUAUGACCAGCACACCAACCGAUGCUACUUCAACUGAACCUACAACUGCAACAGCAGCCCCCUCUACAACUGAAACUACUACCUCAACUACUGCUAGUAGCACCCCUGUGGCUACAACCACACAGGCCACCAGUACCACUUCUACCACAUCUGCAACCACGAUGGCAACAGAAACCACUUCAAGUGAACCAACUACCACAAACGCGGCCAGCACUGCCACUGAGUCUGCCUCCAUAUCUGACACCACUGCUACUUCUACUGAACUUGUAACCACACCAGUAGCCACCUCAUCAAAUGAACCACCUGCCACCACAACUUCCAGCACUACCCCUGAGGGUACAUACCCGUAA